UAUCUGCAGUCCGAUCUGCAGGCAUAGCCCCGGAACGUGUAUUCUUCACAGUGUGGUCAUCAUCCGGGAUUGCUCCGCAAUAAACUUUUCUCCAUCUGUUUUGGCAUUUUGCGAUUGGGAGGGUCGACUUCAAGCAAAUAACGAGGACAUAAUUGAAUUGAAGAGAAAACAAUCAAACGAGUAUUCGACGGGUCCAUGGCAGCACAUUUGCAGGCCUAUAUCCCUUACAGAAGCUUAAAUGUAUUAGGAUGACAAUGGCGGAUUAGAUAGCUGACAAUCGAGGUAGCCUGCCCUAAUAGCCUGAUGUUUUGACUAAAGGAAGCGACGCGUGUGAUAAAAUGUUUAUCAGCAACAGGCAUUCAGUAAUAUAGUGUAUGAUAUGAUAAAGUAAACGCUUCGGUUGCUGCAUCAAAUACAGAUGGAACAGAAUGGCAUCUUUUCCGGUGACAGAGAAAAUAUUGGGUUGUAUCGUAUUCGUUGAAAAAUACUCACUCUUCACACAUUUUAUGGCAAUGCUAUUUUCCAUUGCGUGGACAUGAUAUUUCCAGCUCGCGGAUAUCGGAUUCACUGGUCUUGUUCUUGAAUUUUCUUUGAUUCUGACACGUAUGCUAACAUAGGCAACCAUAUCGUCACCGACAAACAUGGGAACUCAGGUUACUGGAAGAAAGAGGAUUCCCAAUAAAGAAAAAUUGACCGCAGAGGACGAUGCUCUCAAUCAGAUUGCUCGAGAGGCCGAGGCGAGGCUGGCGGCGAAGAGGGCAGCCCGGGCGGAGGCCCGGGAGAUCCGGAUGAAGGAGCUGGAGAGACAGCAGAAAGAGAUUUAUCAGGCCCAAAAGAGAUACUAUGGUCUGGACAACAAGUGGGGGCACAUUGAACAGUGGAUGGAGGAGAGUGAGCGGUACUCCCGCCUCUCGCGGAGACACACUUCGAUCUCUGACGAUGAAGAGCGGAUGUCCGUUGGAAGCAGGGGCAGUCUUCGGGGGACCCACUUCUCGGAUCAGUACUGCAGCACCAGCAGUCUACCCUCUCUCAGACAGCACAAUAACUCCACUCAGAACGGCCGGCCCUCCAUGCUCUAUAGUGAAGGCCAACGCUCCCACAGCCAAAGGGGCUCUGUGUGUGAGGAGUCUGUACUCGGCAACACCCGGCGCUUUAGUGGCUCCAGCGCUCGCGGCCCUUCGGACUACAGUGGCUUUCUGGGCUCCAGCUCUCGGGCCUCGUCCAGGGCCAGCUCGGCCCGUGCCAGCCCAGUGGUGGAGGAAAGGCCAGACAGGGACUUUCUAGAAAAGGGCUCCAGGACGGCCUCCACCCUGUCGGCUGCCACCCUGGCCUCCCUGGGCGGGGCCUCCUCCAGGAGGGGGAGCUGCGACACCUCCUUCUCCGUGGAGACGGAGGCUUCCAUACGAGAGAUGAAGGACUCCCUGGUGGAGUCGGAGGAGAAGUACCGCAAGGCCAUGGUGUCCAACGCCCAGCUGCACAACGAGAAGUCCAACCUGAUGUACCAGGUGGACACGCUGAAGGAGUCCCUCAUCGAGCUGGAGGAGAGGCUCUGGGAGUCGCAGCGCGAGCUCAGCGACAAGGCCAAGGAGUUUGAGAGGGAGAGACAUGCCCACGGCGUGCUUCAGUUCCAGUUCAGCGAGACGAGAGAGACUCUGAAACAGAGCGAGGAACUUCUAACCGAAGUGGGGGAGCUGCGUCUCAAAAGGGACAGCGGCGCUAGGGAGAUCUCUGACCUGCAGGAAGCGCUGGAGUGGAAGGAGAAAAAGAUCGGGGCCUUAGAGAGGCAGAGGGAAUACUCGGAGGCCGUGAGGACUGAGCGGGAUCUGCUCAGGGAUCAGGUGGUCCAUCUCAGAGAUGCCCUCAAGAAACAUGGGAUAGCGCUGUCGCCUGAGGUAACCACCAAUGGGGCGACAGGAGAUGGGGUGCUGGACGGUCCGCUCUGUGCAGAGUCUGGCUCCCGAUUGGCUCAGGAGGCACAGCCACCUCAUAUAGGUGGAGAGAGCAUGCUGGAGCUCCGAUUAAGAAAACUAGUCGAUGAGAGAGAAAGCUUAGUGGAUCAGGUGAGGAGGCUGAAGUCUCAGCUGGAGCAGAAACCGAGGAAUGGGACUGAGGGGCCAGAAGAGGAGGGCGUGGAGAACGGCAUGGACCCCUACAUAAUGGACCUGCAGAGGGAUGCAAACAGGCAGAUUAGCGACUUCAAAUUUAAACUGGUUAAAUCGGAGCAGGAAGUCACAGCGCUCGAACAAAAUAUCAUACGGCUGGAGGGUCAGGUGACUCGCUACAAGUCGGCCUCGGAAAGUGCUGAGAAAGUGGAGGACGAGCUCAAAGUGGAGAAACGCAAGCUGCAACGAGAGCUGAGGUCAGCCCUCGAUAGAAUAGAUGAACUGGAGGCCAGUAACAGCCAUCUAUCCAAGCGCCUGGAGAAAAUGAAAGCCAAUCGAACUGCUCUACUGGCCCAGCAGUGAUGCAACCUCCACUUGACCUUUUGACCCAUCAGUAGAUGCUGCCAAAGGAUUCAGAGCAAGUGGAAACUAAACACCAAGAUACGCAGUGGCAUAAUCAUGCAUAACGUUAUCCCAGAUUAUCACACUGGGCCAUGUUUUCAUCAGCUGUACAUGCAAAGAACAGACCAGAUCAAGAGGUUGUUUUUUUUUUUUUUUUGGGGGGGGGGGGGGGGGGG